AUGUUCAUGAAUGAUAUCACAGAGAGAAGAGGACUCAUUUUUGUUGACUAUUGCCCCGCCUGGAAGGAGCAUCGACGCUUUGCUUUGAUGACCACGAGAAACUUUGGUUUGGGCAAGCAGUCUAUGGAGCAGAGGAUUCUGGGAGAAUCACAGUACACCACGAAUCAACUAGAAGAAAACUCAGUGUGGAUCCUGACUUUGGAACCACAAAUGUAA